GUCACACAAGGAACUCGAGCUCGUUGUUUUCUCCACGGCAACAGACUCACGUUAUCUCUGCCGAUAUUGUUCCUCAGUGAAGCGACUUGUGGAUUUGAACGGGUCGCUCUGCAGGCAUGUCGAAACUGAAGCUGAUAUCAGUUGUAGACACUCAGUAUCCAGCAUCACUUUUGAAGAACAUCAAUGAUGAGCGGCACAACGGUUUAUUCUGUGACGUCACCAUAGUCGUGCAAGACCGCAAGUUCAGGGCACACAAAUGUGUCCUCUCUGCCUCUAGCACCUAUUUCCGACAACUGUUUACUGUCGCUGGAAAAGUUGUUGAGCUGAACUUCAUAAAGGCAGACAUAUUCGACAUGGUCCUCAAUUACAUUUACACUUCUCAAAUGUUCAGAGUUCGAUCAGACAGACUUGAGGACCUCAUUAACGCCGGUCAAAUUCUGGGUGUGACCUUCAUAGCUAAUUUAGCAAUCCCGCUCGCACAAGUCAAGGGAUUACCCGGCCUGUCCAAAGACGGUGACAGCAACAUUGUCAGCUCGCCAGAAAAACCUGAGGAUGGAGGAGAGAAUAUGCCUAUCAUUACUGAGACCUUCUCACUGUCUGCAGAGGAGUUCAACAUGACUGGUGCAAAUACAGAAAAAGUGGACUCAGACAGUGAUGAUGUCCUUUUUGUGUCAAAAACUGAAGCCCCGCAAGCUCAAAAGACUAAAAUAUCAGAUGUUCAUAAAAGCAUUGAAGGAGCACCAGAAGCUAAAAAGCAGAAAGUCACAAACGAGGAAGGAGUCACCUCUAAAAGCUCAAUAUCCCAAGAAAAGAAAUCUUCAGAAAGAAACACAUCACUCCAAAAUAACCCUGAUCCAGACGUCAUGAUUCUCUCAAGUCCUGAAAGCAGUAGCGGUAUUCUCACUUCACCAGUAGAAACAGGCUCAAACAGCAUUCCCAAACCCCCAGCCUGUCCGGACAGCCUCCCUCCAGAUCCUCAAAUCACCUCACUGCCUUCAGACAACAUCGAAGUCCUGGGUGUCCAAAAGAAAAAGGUCCUGCUAGAGCACUCACCCGAUCAUCCUGGAAAGAUCACACUGUCGGAUGUAAUGUCGUCAUGUAGUAGCAGUAACGGACCAACCAACGUAGUCCCAGCACUUUCAGUGAAGAAGACAAUAACAUUAGACAAAGCCUCGGAAAUUGAUUCUCUAUCGCCGGGUUGUAAAGUGUAUGCCAACAUAGGUGAAAACACCUACGACAUCGUUCCUGUCAAAGACGAUCCCGGGGAGGGAGCAGCUCCUGGUUGCAAGUCCCAAGUACAACACGACUCUCCCAACACAGCCAGUCUCUCACCAAAAGCAAAGAAGAAAUUCAAGCCAGAACAGGAGGAUCACUAUGAACUCAUCAUGGACGGAAAGACCUUUUACGUGUGCAUUGUUUGUAAACGCCCGUACGUGUGUCUGACAAGCCUUAGGCGGCACUUCAACACUCACUCUUGGGAGCGAAAGUAUCCGUGCCAUUACUGCAACAAGGUUUUUGCCCUGGCUGAGUACAGAACCAAACAUGAAAUCAGUCACACAGGUGAACGACGGUAUCAGUGUUUACUGUGCAACGAGAUGUUUCUCAAUUAUCAGAUUUUGUCCACCCACUGCAAGCAAGCGCACAACCAAGACCCUUCAGGGAGGAAAGAGAAAGACGACUCGGCCAACAACUUGUAUCGGCUGCUGCCUUGUAAAACGCUGCAGUUUAAACCAUAUUCGUUUGUUUCCGACGAGUCGGGGGGAAGCCCAGUGAUUGGUGAGGACGGGGCAAUCCAGUACGUGAACUCGGAAAAGGAGCACUUUACCAACCAGCCACUUCCAUCUAACCAAAGCAAAGCACUGAACUGGGAUGACAUCUUUGUAGAAUCAGAAGGACAAAAUGCUCGCCCUGCUCCACCUCCACAGCCUGUGGACCAAAUAAAUGCCCCGGCCAGGAAUGAAUUUGAGUUUGUUAUACCAGAGACAUACUGAGCACACUUGUUCAGCGCUCUGGCUCAGACUGUCCAACCACACUGGAUGUAAUUAUUCGGGACAAGAACAGGCUGCAAUUUGUUAUGCUUAUUUUUUUACAGUUACGUAACUUUAAUGUGUAAAUGCUGUUUGGGAAUGUUACGUAAAUCCAGAACCAGAUGUAUCAGUGAAGUCAGACGACAUUUAUUUUCAUGUCUGAAUAAGAUGCUAACAUUUUAAUUUCCACGUCGUAUUUUUGUAGUUGAUUGUUCGGCACUAGAUAGAUCAGUGUUAAUGGCAAGCCCUUGAAUGUUUGUAUUUAUAGUCUCUAAGUUAAUUGUCAGCAGGAUUUAAGAUGGAUGGAGUAAAUAUGUGAAACAUCACCUGUCCAUGAAUUAUCUGUAUUUAUAUGCUGGCCAUAUACCCUGUUUUCCCGGACAAUAUGAACACUGAGACGUGAAGAGAAAUGCUCUUUCAAAAACUGAAAAAAUAACACAGAGGAACUCUCCUUCUCCAGUCGAAUAUUUUGUACAUACGCCGUUUUUUAAAAAAUAUUAUUUUUUUAGCAUAGAUUUAUCAAGUAGUUUAGCUUCGUGGGCUGUGAGAAAAAUCUGUGAAUACAACGAGAGUCAAAACUAACAACAGCAACAAUAAUCAUGUACAUAUUACUACAGACCUUCGUCUUAACAGUUUCUUCCAUUUUGUAACCUAUUUAUUAUUAGGUCUUAGUGCGAUAUAGGAUGAAAUAAAACUUUGAAGAAAGUA